UUUUUCUCAGGACAUUAACAGUUUUUUUUAAUCAGGUACAACAUUUUUAAUGUUUCAUCAAUGAUAUUUGGACUGAUUAAGUUAGUGAUGCAUUUGAUUUCAAUCCGCCUCAAACUUGUAUGAGUGGGCGGAUUCCCGCGCUUUACCCUUACGUCACUGCACUGACAGACCCUUUGCAAAAUACGGAUACCGAUGGGAUCUAAGUGGAAUAACAUCUACGAUCAGAAUCAGGUGAAAGCGUGGUAAAGGCCACAGCAUAAAUGGAUGCAUAUAAUUUGUAAACUACAUUCAACUGAUUAUUUACCAUGUCGCCAUCACGUUGUCACCUCGUCCACGUUGUCAUGCUAACUUACGUAUGACUAGCUUGCUACGCGAGCUAGCAUCAUAGUUUGCUAGCUCGUACCGCACAGUUUGUGUGAUUUAACAGGAUGCUAUUUGUAACUUACUACACGUGGCUUAACACAUGAUGGUGAUGUGACUCGCGAACAUUUCUAAACUAUUCUCUCCUCCAUGUAGACAUUACCAUGCCCUUGGAGGAGGGACCUAAGUCCUUUGCCAAAGGUGUGGAGAGACGUCCGGCUGACAUGUCAGGCAGGACAAGCAGAGGGGAAGAGCCUAUUGCUGGUCCUUCCAAUUCUCAAAGACAGGGUUACUGCACCUGUUGUCAAGUUCCGUACAACAGCGUUGAACAGCACAUCUUGAGUGCUCAACACAGAGAAGUGGUGCGCGCUGCUCGCACUAAUGUAUCCUCUGGGAGUUUGUUGGAAAGAUUCCUCCAAGAUGUUCUUCAGCAUCAUCCCCAUCACUACAGUGACACACGGCCUACCCAUGCUGAUCUGCCUUCUCUAUCAACACCACCUUUUCCAAAGGAGAAGCUUUCAGAGGUGUACUGUGGUUCAGAUGAUGACGGGGCCUCUGUUGGGACACGUGAGGAGAUGCCAACCUCUGAUGAAGAUUCCUGCCGAAUGCAAAUUGCAGCCUCUACUCCAGAAGUAGCAGACCUUACUGCAACCACACACAUACAAACCACUUACCAAAUAAGAAAAAUGGCACCUGAACCACUUCCACCUGAAACGUGUUCACCUACACAAGGUUUUAUGCAUAGGACUAUUGGCAGCUCUGCCAAUGACCAGCCACAUAAAUCACAAAUGACACUACCAUUUCAGAAACAAGGCUCACAGACACACCCCUCUGGACAUCCCUGUGCUUCAGAGGAUCCACCAGUCACCAAGGCUGAAGUGGUUAAACACAGGAAAGCACACAGGAAAACUAAUAGAAAAAAAGAGGGAAGUGACUCCGUUAUACCAUCCCAAGCUUCACGUACUUCAAAGUGCUUUUCCUCAAAGGACCAGCCUGCAACCUUUAAGUCAGUGGCUGAGGAAUCCACUCAGUUGAUUUCAGCAGUGCCUCCUUGGAAAGGCCUUCACAGGGAACAAACAUUCAGUCAUCUAUCUGACCAGAUACGAGAUGUGAUAGAGGAGGUUAUCGAAAGGCAUUGUUAUGGGUGCAGUCCCAAGGUCUGCGACCAGCAAGAGGAUGAUGACAGCUUCUUUCUAAGUCCUCAGUCUAUGAGUGAAUCCAAAGGUAGUGAAGAAUGGGAAAACGCAAUAGAGACGGCUUUGGGGAAAGCUAAAGAAGAGGCGAAAAAUUUAGCAGAACUACUGAAAGUGCAUAUAAACCUUGAGGACCAAGAAUACCAGACUCAGCUAGACACAGCCCUAAACACUGUUGUAAUGGACACAGGGCCUGAAGCGAAAAAUGAGAGUGCUGCUGAGGAGGUUUUUCCUGAUCUUCCCCACAUACCACAAUCUUUUAUUGGAAAAACAUGGACGCAGGUAAUGUGUGAAGAUGACAUGAAAAUAGACUCCAUAGUGAAAGAGUUCCAACAAGGUCAGUUUCGCUGUUAUUUCGAAAGUGACUCCUUAGCUAGGUUUGGAAAGCAUAGUAUGAAAAGAAGAAAAAACAAGAAACAAGACAAAAAACAAAAGGCAGAUACUGCUGAAUGGGAGCCUGUAGAUGUCUUGCCUCUAAUGGAACCCAAUGAUGAAGACCCAGAACAUCCAGUUGUUUUGUUUAAGAGAGCAAGGCGAAAAGUGUUCAGACUAGCAUCACGUUGCCAAGUCGUAAAGGUCAGCCAUGGUACACAGACCAUCCCCUUAAGCUGUCCUGUAGUGCGUCCAAAAUCAACACAAGAGACAGUCCUCUCACCAAACAGCCAAGAGCAAUGCCCCAUCCCCGAAAGAACGCCUGACAUGAAGACCAGACUGUGUGCAUUAAAACUUCCUGCUUCCUACUGUAAGAUAAUGAGUCCUCUCCAGCCCAAAACGGUGGUCUAUGUACUUUCUUCUCCAGAUGGGGGGCAGGGAAUAUCCAAGCCCACCCCAAUUAAGAAAGUAGGGAGGAAGCGAAAGUCAAGUGAUAGUGACUUUGGCCUGAAGUACAAGUACAAAAAGACACCUUUGAAGUUCUACGACCCCUUGACCAACAGGAUAUUGAAGACCCCACCCAAAGGAAUGUCUUCACUCCCUAAUUCCAAAACACUUUCACACGUCCGACAGUUAUUCCGUAGCCUUAGCCCAGAUAUUAACAAAGAGAGACAGGGUCUGGAGCAGGGGCAAACAUCAGGGACUUCUCGGAAGGGUCGGGGUAGGAGCAGCAUGGUUGAGUUAUGUACCUCCACCUCAGGCUCUUGUCUAGAGAGCGUUGGCCCUUCAGAACCUGGUUCAUCUUUGUCUAGCAGUCAAAGAGCCUUGUUCCCCCACUCCUCUAUCUCAAGUAGCAGUUGCUUCCUCAAGGGACACCUCACGCCAUCUGCCUCCCACAUGGAUGAAUCUCCCAAAGCAGUUCCUCGCUCUUGCACAGGCAGUUCCUCUAAAGCUGACGGAUCUGAACAAAAGGAACAUCGUAAACAGGGAGCACUUGACCAAACGCCAAUCAGACGUAGCUCACGUAAGGCUGGAUCUCUAACUCCAGCCAAGAGACCAUCACCCCCCACCUACGGGACCAAGAGGAAGUCCACCAAGCCACAGUCCAAAGUAAAAUCACAGGCCACUCUACAACACAAAGUCAACCCCCACAUAUCUGCAGAAUGUAGGACAUCUCCCAGAAACAAGAGCCCUGCUAGAACCUCCCUUAGAUCAUCAUCUUCCUUAAAACCGGCGAGUCAGCCGGUCAUUACACCCUCUUCGAAACAUAUACAUACAGGGGUCAAUGCCAGUCAGCAGAAGAGAACAAGGGGGAGGACAGCCACUGUAAAUUUAGCAGAUUGAAAGUCAGACACCAGCUACGAGCAUUAAGCUGUCAUCUGUUUAACAAAUGCUUUAUAGUUUUGCACAGUUGAAUUUCAGCUCUGUUUCUAGUUGAAGUUCAUUUUGGUCUUGUUAUGUUUGAUUGUUCAUCAUCAUGUGUUUUAUAACUUGUAAUGAGUAUAUUUUUUAAGUUUAUAUUGGGUAUUUUUCACAAAAGGUGAGAUUGAUUGUUAAUUGUAAAUUAAAUUUAUAAUGAAUACUUA